AGAUAGCCGAGCAGCUGGGCGAGGGGGACGAAGUCAUCAAUAAAUUUGACUACGUCUUUGCAGAGAAUGGUACCGUGCAGUACAAGAACGGGCAACUGGUCUCCAAGCAGGCCAUUCAGGACCACCUGGGAGAAGAGCUGCUGCAGGAUCUAAUCAACUUCUGUCUCAACUACAUGGCGCUGCUGAAGCUGCCCAAGAAACGAGGGACCUUCAUCGAGUUUCGCAAUGGGAUGCUGAACAUCUCCCCCAUCGGACGGAGCUGCACACCAGAGGAGCGAAUUGAGUUCUCCGAGUUGGACAAGAAAGAGCGGAUCCGGGAGAAGUUUGUGGCAGCCUUGCAGAGGGAGUUUGCUGGCAAAGGCCUGCGUUUCUCUCGAGUGCGGAGCAGAGGACAGGGAAUGCGCUGCCUGGGGAUAACUCCGCCUGACCUAGAGCAAGGUGGCAUGAUCAGCUUUGACGUCUUCCCGGAGGGCUGGGACAAGCGCUACUGCCUCAACGUGCUUGACGACGAGCGAUUUGACACCAUCCACUUCUUUGGGAAUGAGACGACCCCCGGAGGGAACGAUUAUGAAAUCUAUGACGAUCCCCGAACGGUGGGACACAGCGUCCAGUCCCCCCAGGACACCGUCCAGCGAUGCCGCGAAAUCUUCUUCCCAGAGAGAGCUAAUGAGUGCUGACUGUGAGAUCCCUGCAGCCCUUCUCCCCCACUCUCUUCCCCCGAGAGGAAAAGCACCUUCAUUUGAGGAAACUGCUCAGGGUAGACUGAAAAAAACACUUUCCGGAGCUGGUCAGGAUUUAACGUGUGAACACGGGUGGGUGUGCAGAAGGGGGCUCGGCUGAUCAGCCCUUCAGCACUCCCUGUUUACGGCUGGCGUUUGUGGGACAGGACAGCUUUUGCCUCCAGAAAAACUCUUCUCUUUCCAGUUCAGGCCAUGGCGGGAGGCAGUAUGUGCUUUCUUGAUCUGAAAGCAUUUGAAAUGGCCAGUCGUGAUGGCGUGCGUGUCCCUCCCUUGCUCCCUCCCCUUUUCUCUUCUUUCUCGCUCUGUUUCUCUUAACAUUUCUGCACAAGGGAAUAUGCAUCUCACGUUUCUCUCCCCGUUGCCCUUCUCACAGGGAAGACAGGUCUGCUCAGGCCCCAGGCGCUCUCACUGGAGAAGCAAGAUGCCAAUAAGGCAGUUUGCCCCAAGCCCCUGCUAGGAAAGGGCAGCAGCGACCCGGGCUUGUCACAGUGCCGUCCAUCCUGACGGAGGGACACGGUGUCAGCAUUGCCCCGAGCCCACAAGGCCCCUUUGCAUCCCUCACCUCAGUUCCACGCCGGGAUGGUCCUUAGACGUGACCUGGGAAUGAUAUUUUUUUAAUGGCUGUGCUCCUGCUCUGGGCUUUGCUCAGAUGCCUAAAGAAACUAAUCUCAUUUACCUUACAUAAAAAAAAAAGAAAAGAAAAGAAAAGAAAAACUGGCUGCAGUAGGUUUCAUGUCCUGCAGAAGUCAAGUCUGACCUCAUCUGGCUUGCCUGGAGGACCCCAGGUGUCUGGUGAGUGUGGGGCACUUUAUGGGGCGGCUGGGAUCAGACACCGUACCAGCAGCCUUCUUGCCCAUGUGUUGAUUAGGCAUUGGAGUCACGGAUGUGUUAGUACACAACCUUACCCAAGGCAUUCACAGCGGAGACUAAAUCCCCUUCCUUUCCUAGUGCUCAGCUUUCCUGUUAUUUCCUCCUGUCAGAGACAUUUUCAGAGAUGGCUGGUAUAGGCCAAAACUGGUUCCUAGUGCCAAUGGAGAUAUAUGCUUUAACAAUAGCCUCCAAGCUUUUUCCACCCCGUCUCCCCCACGAGCUCACUCCACACGGCCACCUUUAGGGAGGAAAAUAAUUCAGUGCCACUGUUGUAUGUCCUCCUGCUCCUGAGUCUUUGUGCACAGCAAAGCUACAUCUCCCUUUGGGCCCUGACCUCUUCCCUCACGUGUCCCCUUUACUCCUGGCCAUUACGCUGGGCUGUGACUGCGCGUUGGUGACUCUAGUCGCAGCUCAGGGCUCAGCAGGAGGCUUGGGGAUCCUCAGGGUGGUGCCCUUACAGCUGCCUGUACCUGGUGGUUGUGCUCCCAGAGGGGAGGCCAGAGCUUCCUGCAAAACCUGCCCGGCUUGCUCCCUGGAAGCUUUUCUCACCCUGUCCCUGCCAAAGUGUCACUGUCCCUGCUGAGCUGUUACUGUGUCUCGGUUCUGUUUUUCCUCUCUUUUUUUUCCUCUUGUUCCUGCUUUCCUUGUGCUCUAAUUGCCUCUCCCUGGAGCCCAGUUGCUCUUUGCAUCUCAUCACUGGACUGCAGAGAGGUAUUUCUCAGCUGGCUACCGCCACUUAACUAAGGGACCAAGUUGCUCAGACAAGAUAACGACGGUGCUUUUAGAUCCAGGGCAGGGCUCCGACAUUGCCACUGGCAGGAGCCUGAGUGGACUUCGGUACUGCUGUCUGGCCACAGUCACUAGAGCGGGUGUGCUGCAUGGCCAGCAGCAUCAGGGUGCUUUUCUUCUCCGUUUGUACCUCUUAAUGCAUCAAAUCUGCAUGAGCGCAUUGGUCUGCUAGGCAUCCAGAAAUCCCCAACGGAUGCACAAGUUCCUCUUUCUACCCAGACGAAAUUUCUGAGUGGAAGAGGACUGUUGGAGAAGCCUGGAUGCAGGGUACCUUUUCCACAGGCCACUGUUUUUAGCCCACCAGGGCAACCUUCACGGAGGAGUCGUGUUUUGUGGUUCCUCCUCCUCUGUUUCACUGAGGAUCAGGUUACGUGUGGUUUUCUCUGUUUGUUUUUUUUCCUGUGAGUCUAUUCCGAGUCAGCAGGAUCUCUAGAGAGCUCCAUGGUGUUGAAGACCAGGCCCUGGCCCUGAAGGUGCGAGACACCACGGUGGCUCUGGGGGCCGAGAUGACCAGUGGAUUUGAAGAGAAGAACAGGCUCUGUCCAAGGCAGCUCCUGGCGGCAUUGCUUGGCCUGGGGAGGCUUGCAGGGAGGGCAGAGCAGAAACGCAGCUGCCUGUUGAGGCAGCAGCUGCUGUUUCCUCUGCUGAGGAGUUCACACAGGCGUUGGUGGCAUCAAGUUCAGGAGGCUUCCCCUUUCCUGGUGUCCUCUGAGCUUGUUGCACUGGGCCUGGGCUAGUGGAGGGCGCCUGCUGCCAGGAGCCCCUGUCCUUUCGGAGGAAGAGGAGGGCGGUGUCAGGCAGACCUGGGGGAGCCCCGGGGUCUGAAGGUACCGAAAUGCUGCUGCUGAGGUGGCUGGAUGCUGAAAUUGGUGCAAGGCAGGCGACUCGCCUGUCCGCUGGGAUGCGGAUGGGGUAGUGCAGGGGUGUGCGUGUGCCCCUGCUGAGGACGGGGGCGUGCGGAGGAGGCUGGCACCCGACAGCCGGGCAGUCGGCAAGACGGGCGGUUCCUGUCUGACUGAUACCAACUCUUAAAUAAGAAAUAUAUUUAAAU